CCACAAGACACACGACCGUCCGUACUUUACUUUCUACUUUUAGGUACAAUGGCAUCUCCAUCUGUUAAAAUAUGGGACCUACCAGAUGAAAUUCUUUGUUAUAUAUUUUCAAAGUUGAAUGCCAAAUUUGUUAUCAGAAGCAUUAUGCUUGUAUGCACCAGGUGGCAAUCAGUUGUGGAAGAAAACUACAUUUUCUGGGUGACGAUAGAAGCAGUCAUUGAUUGUGAUUCCUUCUUAGGUCGCAGUUAUCUACAUGAAACUAAUACCAGGUGGGAAGGCAAGGAAAUAUUGAUCGGAGAAAAAGAUGUUGAAAAAAUAUCCAAAGUUCAAAACUUUAAAUUCAUUGAAGGAAGUAUGAUACUUGACAAAUCAAUUUCCCUGCUCUUGGAGAUUUUUGAAAUUAUUAAUACAAACUGCAAAAAUAUUAAGAAAAUAGAAUUCUUCAAUUGCAUAGGUGUCACAUCAUAUGAAGCUGUGAGGUUUUUAACAGCAAACUAUCGCAACAGUAUCACUGAAGUAAGUUUCGGUGUCAAUGAGUUUACAGAUGGGCUUUACAGAUUUCCAUGUGAUGAAGUCUCAAAAUUUGUUAAUUUAAAAAGGCUAGUUUGUCAUGACACAAUGUUUCAAAGUGAUAAUUUGUAUGAUCUCUGUGAAAACUGUGAACACUUGGACAGUUUAUGGAUUUUAUACUGUACAUCUCUGGAGUCUGAUGCGUUGAUGUAUUUUUUAGAAAAAAAGAAGCAGGUUUUAAAACAAUUGGGCAUAGGUGUGCUGUUGAAUGACUGUAUUCUUAACAAACUUAAUAAAUGUCAUAAUUUGGAAGCUCUGUUUGUUGCGAAUGCCGGAAGUAUAAGUGACAUUUGCAUAAGAUCCUUUGCUCAGCAAUCGAAUCUAAGGUAUUUUUCUCUUCAGCAAGCAAAUAUCAAACAAGAUACACUAGCAGAUCUUGUUUCAUGUAAUAGGAAACUAGGUGUGUUCAAAUACUUGAAGAUUUUAGACAUGACUGGUCAUUAUCAAUGGUGCAAUGAUGAAAGGAUAUACCCAAACUUGUUUGAAGAAGAAUGUUGCACGAGCAAGAGGCAUGACCAGACGCACAUAAGAGUAAUUUACAACAACCGGAUGAACUUUAAGCAAAGAUCUUAUUCAUCUUCUAUUAGCCACUGGAUGUUUGGCUCCCUAAGAUAUUUUGACUCUAACUGGUAAAUAUCCUCCUCCAAUUAAGUGCAAAGGUCAAUUUAUGUAGCACUGGUACAAAAAAAAC